GGGAGGGCUGCCCUCAGCCCCGCCCGUACAGCCAUGGACGCCGUGAGGGACGUGGAGAUCGACCCCGAGGGCACUUUCAAGUACAUCCUGGUGCGGCUGCAGCGCCCGGGGGACGGCGGCCACCAUCACAUCGUCCGGGGCACCAGGGCGGCCGAGUUCCACAAUCACAUCUUUGAGAAAGUAAAUCCUGAGAUGGAAAAGCUGGGAUAUGAGUGCAAGUGCCUUGGUGGAGGGAAAAUUGAUCACAAUAGCAAAGAGAAGAAGAUUAGGGUGUUUGGGCUCUCCACAGGCUAUGGAAAAGCAGAUCAUGCAGUGACUGUAGAGAUACUGAAAAAAGUGUACACAGAUUAUGAAAUUACAUGGUCAGAUGACAAGAAAUAAAUCAGCUACCUAUGAACACAAUAAAUUAAAAACUGGUAACUCUGAGCUGUACUUCGAUAAAUAAAAGUGAAUGUGUAUUCUGCGUAUGUUACCAUGAAUCUGGAGUAACUGGACUCUGCAGUGAUUUAUCAUACUGUUAGUAAUCCCUGGAUAUAUCUUAUUUUUCAGAUCAUUCCUUUGUGCAGAAUCUGCAGUUCUAAGCCUUUGCUUUUGACAUGCUAUCUAAAUAAACACUCCCAUAUCAUCCUACCUUCAGUUUGUUUUCGUCCAGUCCUGUCUCACUGAUUUGUUGUAGGAUAAAUCAGGAUUUUACCAUCAGCUUGAACACCACGGGACCAAACCUGUUCCCUAGUCUUCAUCAGUUAUCUAAAUCUUCGACUUACUCCAUGGUUUUGAAAAUUCAGUAUUUGUGUUCCACACAAGUAGUGAUGAAGAUCUUUUCUGUUCCUGUAAGAUCCUUCCCUAUAGCAGAGUGAUAGCGAUGUUGAAGUCUGACAAUACUUUCAUUCUGAUUCCCCUGUAUGUACCACUUUUAUUUUCUAUGAGUAUAAUGAUGCUUUUUUAUUUUUUAAUGGCAAUAAUUAUCUUAUAAUUAAUGACCUCCCAGCCAGGCACAGUACACCUAGGCAGUGUCUAACUUGUGGUACCUGCUUCCUCCUGUUGUGGCAGGGUGUUGCCCCUCAUUUUUUGUGAAGUUACUGCUACAAUUUUCACUUUCUUGUUUCCUGCCAGUCUUGUGUUGAAUCCCAUUGUGGAUUUCAAGGCAGUACCUUUUGCUCUUAGGCUUAAAUUGUUGACGUGCAGUCUUCAGAAGGUAUUUGUAUAUAAAUCCUGGUUCUUCCCUUUGCUGUGGUUCCUACUACACUUACCUACCAGUAUCUGGUGACUUUUUCUUCUUCGGGGGCAUGAGAAUCUUAAAUUACAAACAAUAUGAAAUCUGAGAGGCUUUAGUCCUGUUCCCAUCACAAAAAAAAAAAGUCCUUUGUUACUGCUUUGUUAUACUAAUUACCAUCUUUUGCCACUCUUCUGUAUCUUUGUUUUGAUUGGUUGAGCAGAGAGGGAUUUCUUGUUCUCAUCCUCAGAUCUUUUAGUCUAUUCCUCAUAUCUCCAUCCCAAUAAUCACCUCGGAGCAGGAUCUCUUGAACCUGGUGCUGUAGUCUCGGUUGACAUCUGCUUUCCCCUGGAUGCAGCCUGGACUAUCCCCCCGGUGUCCCUGUGCACUUUUGCACCUGCCAUUUGUGCUUCUCUUUGCGCUCCUGUACAAUAGAUGUCUGACCGCAUCACUUCACAUGCUGUGAUAACAUGAAUUGCAGAUUUGAUUUUUCCUAACAAGAUUUUGAUUUCAGAACAUGAUCAAAUGCCUGUGUACCUAGUACCUAAGAAUAGCAUACGAGUCAAUAACUUGCAAAUUAGCACUUCCCACUUCAAUUUUCCUCAUGGGUUUUUUACUCUAAGCUUUAGUAAAAUAACUGUAACGGAUGCCAUUUAAUUGGUGCCAGUAUACAAAACUGAUUGUUUCAAUAGCCUCAUUUCCCCAAACUAAGAAAUAGUCUUCAAAGGGAAGUCAUCAGUUCAGGAGAGCGCCUGUUAAAACAAACAAGCUUUUUAAUUUAGCUUCCUGACAUGUUUUAUGACCAAUUUUAAUGUUUCUCUCCACAAUACUUACGGGAAAGACAUAAUUUAAACCGGAUUUCAUAUUGUGAUGCCUCUAGGGGCAGGGAGAGAAAAGGGGUGGUGAUUUGGAAUGAGCUAAUAACUUGAGAUACCAGCCAAUCUCUACCAUUGUUUCUUCAUAGAAGAGAUUGGGCUUGAUAUAAAGGUUUAUUGUGUUAUCAAAAAAAAAAAUACUGUGAGAGUCCUCCCAAUUCUGUUCUUUUCUAGUGUGGUGUCGUUUGGGAAAAUGUUAAUUUCCCUAGUUAUUAAGUAAUAUGUACAAGUAUUGCAAGUGAGUGAAGGCUUUUUAUCCCAGAUCAGGAAGAGAAGCAGGGAACUGGUUGCUACAGUGGCGACAAUUGAGGGACAAGAAAAAGCCUUGAUGCUGUAGAUUAGGGAAGCCAGUGUUUGAUGCUGAAACACCAAAUGCCAGCCUACAAAACUAAGUGUUGAAUUCUGCUUCCUCUCGCACAUGU